AUGUGGCAAACAACAUCCGGCCAGGCAUGCGCAUCGGAGGUAAUGGAGGUUCGGAUUGCACUCACUUGCCAAACUGCUCGUUUUUCUCAACGUGUAUCGCUGCGUGGAUUGGUAAUCACACAAAAUAUACAGCACUGGUGACUAUUAUUUGGUCCGCGGUGGAGUAAGAGGAGUUGCCAUCAGUUUUGGGAUGGCUUCAGACGCAGCUCCCCCAAACUAUGGCUCCAAGGGGAUCAUGACAUUUUACCCCACUGCCGAGGAGUUCAAGAAUUUCAGCCGAUAUGUUGCCUACAUGGAGUCACAAGGAGCACAUAAAGCAGGCCUGGCCAAAGUGGUCCCACCAAAGGAAUGGAAGCCGAGACAUACAUAUGAUGACAUAGACGAUUUGGUGAUUCCUGCACCCAUUCAGCAAGUGGUGACAGGCCAGUCGGGCCUUUUCACGCAGUACAAUAUUCAGAAGAAAUCAAUGUCUGUUAAAGAAUUUCGCAAGCUUGCAAACAGCGACAAGUUCUGUAGCCCUCACUAUGAUGAUUUUGAUGAACUGGAAAGAAAGUACUGGAAGAACGUGACAUUCAAUCCUCCGAUAUAUGGGGCCGAUGUUGGUGGCAGUCUAUACAAUCCAGAUAUCAAAGAGUGGAACAUUUGUCAUCUGAAUACCAUUUUGGACACAGUGGAGUCUGAAAGUGGCAUCACGAUCGAGGGUGUGAAUACACCCUACCUGUAUUUUGGUAUGUGGAAGACCACGUUUGCGUGGCACACUGAGGACAUGGACCUCUACAGUAUCAACUACUUGCACUUUGGAGAACCCAAAUCCUGGUACUGUAUCCCUCCAGAGCAUGGGAGACGAUUUGAGCGUCUGGCUCAAGGGUUCUUUUCUGGCAGUGCACAAACUUGUGAGGCCUUUUUGAGGCACAAGAUGACCUUGAUAUCACCUUCAAUACUGAAGAAAUAUGGCAUUCCGUUUGAAAAGAUUACCCAAUAUGCCGGCGAGUUCAUGGUCACGUUCCCUUAUGCUUAUCAUGCUGGCUUCAACCAUGGUUUCAACUGUGCCGAAUCCACCAAUUUCGCCACACAGAGGUGGAUUGAAUAUGGCAAGCAAGCAGUCUUGUGUUCAUGCCGCAAGGACAUGGUGAAGAUCUCCAUGGAUGUGUUUGUCAAAAAAUUUCAGCCCGAUCGCUACGAACUGUGGCUGGCAGGACGAGAUACGGCGCCCAUCGACCACUCCAGGCCCACGCCAGAGGCCAAAGAAUUCCUGGGCGAUUCUUUUAACAUCAUCUACAACACCAGCAGUUUUUCCGUUAAUUGCGGGCGGGAUGACGUAGAGCGGAAAAGUCCACUGCAAAGAAUUGAGACUAAGAGACACCGGGUGUGUCUUCAGCUGCCCGACGAAGUUGUUCCUAAAGAUACAGAUGAGGAAAUGACACUGUAUGCCAAGCGGCCAAGACUGAAUCUUUUGCCACCACGUAUAACGUCGCAAGAUGGCAAGCGGAAUAAAGGCCCACCAAAGUUGGUUGUCACGCCAACAAAGCUGACCUUGAUCGAUCCGUUUCACCGCUUAAACACUUCAGAUUCGGGGCACACGCCUCACUACACCAAGACUCGUCCGCCUGCAUUUUCAUCCCAUUCCCAAAACGGUCAUCUGUCAACCUCGGCAACGUGGUCGAGCGCCACGGGGCAACCUUCCCGUAAAAUGGGGGUGGCCAGCCUGCUCUUCCAUCGGACCCUCACUCAAAAAGACAUCCUGCAAGUGCACAACUACCCGCGAGCAAAACAGCCGGUUCACACCAUGCUGCAGGUGCACAGCUAUGCCAGAGAGCAUCAACCGCGCCAUCUCCAGCUCUCAGGCACCGCGCUGCCUGCAUCUCAGGCACUGGGCAGCGGAAGCACUGAGUCGGAGCCACAAUCACCAAUCGCUCUUAGCGAAGUAGAGCUUGUACAAACGGAAAAUUCCGUGGAGGACCACACGCCGGGUGUUUCGGUGUCCGUUGACGAUCAGGACGCAACGGUGAAGGCCAUUGCCGAGAGCACCGCCGUUGCACAGCCCACCCAUGUCGACCAAGUGGAGAUGCUGAAGAACCAAAACAAAAGGAAGGUGUCAGAAGAGCAGUCCUACUGUAUGUCAGUGGUCACCAAGAAACAGCAACAAGAAGCCCUCAGAAAACUUCCACGGCACCAUCCUCUCUUCAGAGAGGCAUACAGCGAUGAUGACGUGUAUGUGGAUCCGGAUGUGGAGCAAGAAGAGAAAGAGGAGUGGGCAAAACCACUUCGGCGGCUGUGGCAGUGUCGACCUUUAAGCCCCCAGGUGGAGUGGGAGUACAAUAAGAGAAUGGGUAAACAGGCUCCUUACUGUUCCAUCUGCCUUCUUUUCUACACCCACCAUCAGUCUGAAGCCGGCAACAGCAAUUCCAGUGUGACGUUGGUGAACCGCCAAGGUCAUCAGUGGUCCAAACCCCUCAUUCCUGAAAUGUGUUUUAACACGCACACCAACAAGGCCAAUGAUAGCGGGGAAGGCCAGCUGUCCAACCCACACAUCACAGAGGACGGCAUCAGCCGGCUGGUCAGCUGCUCGCAAUGCUGCGUCCGAGUACACACCAGUUGCUAUGGUGUAACCAGAGACGAAGCAGAGCAGGAUGACUGGCUGUGUGCUCGCUGCAAAGCUGAUGCCACCUUUGAGGACUGCUGUCUGUGUUCUCUCCGAGGCGGCGCACUGCAGAGAGCCAACAAUGACAAGUGGGUUCAUGUGCUGUGCGCCAUCACUGUGCUCGAAGCUCGCUUUGUAAACAUCACAGAGCGGCGUCCCAUCGAUCUAUCUGCAAUCCCGCUGCCUCGCUUCAGACUGAAAUGCGCUUUCUGCAGGAAACGGAUGAAGAGGGAGUCGACAGGCUGCUGCGUGCAGUGCUCCCACGGACGCUGCUCCACGGCCUUCCACCCCAGCUGCGCACAGGCCGCCGGCGUCCUCAUGCACCCGGACGACUGGCCGUUUAUUGUCUUCAUCACUUGUCACCGGCACAAAGCCACUGGCAUUAUUGAGCGUAAUAAAGACUCCAUGCGAGAGCUGUCAGUGGGCCAGAAGGUGAUAAGUAAAUACAGAAAUGGUCGUUACUACCACAGCGAGGUGGUGGGCCUGACCAGCGCCACCUUCUACGAGGUUAUGUUUGACGACGGCUCGUAUAGCGACAACCUUUUCCCAGAGGACAUUGAGAAUCGGGACUGUGCAAGACUUGGGCCGCCUGCAAAGGGUGCUGCCGUGUCAGUACGAUGGACUGACGGAUUGUUGUAUGGCGGCAAGUUUGUGGCAUCCCACUCCAUCCCCAUGUACCUGGUGGAGUUUGAAGAUGAAUCCCAAAUUUCCGUCAAGCGUGAAGACGUGUACACCUUGGAUGAAGAUCUGCCCAAACGGGUCAAAUCGCGAUUUUCGGUGGCGUCAGACAUGCGCUUUGAGCUCUUCUCACAGGACGACGUCAAACAGAACUCCAAACGACAACGGGUCAUCAACUCCCGUUACAGAGAGGACUACAUCGAGCCCAUCAUUUAUCGAGCCAUUAUGGAGUGACGUUGGUUUGUUUUACCUUCCUCCUGGCUCAUUUGCUUCCACAGCCUGCCAGGUUUCAUAUUUAUAAAGUACGGCUGUGACUCUAAAGAUUUUGUUGUGCUUUGAAUCACACUCUUUCAUAUCAGGCUCUGUAAAAUUUCCUUUUGCUUAAUUUAUUUUUGGGAGGGGAAGAAGCCAUCAGCCAGUAAUUAAGUAGGCAAAAGUUGCACUACUUAUUGAGGCAAGAUGUUUUUUUUCCGCCCCCAUGUCAGCUAUAUGCAGCUCAGAAGCCAUUUUUCUCAUUUAACAACUUUUCAUCCACUUGUGACUUUUAAGGAGCAUGAUAUGAACAGAACUGUGAAGAUGCCGAGUGUGGACCGAAUCACUCCAUUAACUAUCUGACAAACUGUCACAUCGCAUUUGCCCAAAGAAAUUCAACAUUAUUCAUGGAGCGUGUCAACAAGGUUUUAAUCGCGUUCCCAUCCCAUCAAACUUCAUUACAAUUUGUUUGCCAUCAACUGUGACAACUGGAGAAAUGUACUCUAGCCUUAUCCCCCCCAUAAAGCCUAUGGACUAUUUUGGCUAUGUUACGAAAUAAUUUAUGCGGGUGACUUCAGUUUGAGGAAAUAAACUAUUUUUGUCCCUUUCGCUAUCUGUAGAAAACAUCAGAUGUAUUUAUAUUUAUUAAAACAAUGGCAGGUUUUCAGGCACACUGUUAAUAGCUUUCCAGCUACUUGUUUUGGGUCAAUUUUCCUGGAUUCACCUGCCACUGUGAAACACGUGGCCACUAAAGAGCUCAACUUUAAGCCUUUUUGUCUGGUGACUGCUAGCUUUAGAUAUCAAAAUAAAAAAGUAGUUGUUCAGUCCCAAAUGAAAAACACGGUGAGGGUGACAUUCCGUUUUAGUUAACUGCUUUAAGUACAAAUAAUAUCUGUACUGCUUAGUGACUGGUCACUGUUUGGUUUCGAGCAAAAGUACCAUUAAGUCGGUCUUUGUUAAACCCUCGACUGUUUGAGUAAAGUUUGGGAUAAGAAAAA